UAUUCUAUAGUUUAUUUUGUGAUUUGAUACAUAAGCAAUUGCUUUUCUUUUUCUAUUCACUAUUCAGACGGAAGGCCACGACUGCUUGAUUAGUCUGUGAAUAUUAAUUUCGAAGAUUGACGUAGGAUAGGAAAUAUUUUGACAUUAAUUUUGUACAUAAUAUCAUAUGUUUUUCUUUUAAUUUAAUUGUAUAAUACGGCAAUAUCGUUCCGCAAUAACACGUUAACGAGUAUGUGAUUCUUAGUUUUAUUGUAAUAAAACGGUGCUAUUUAAAGUCCAAAGUGCAUAAGUUGUUUUCUAAAGUUUUGUGAUUGUGUGAAAAUGUCUUUAGAAGAAAAAUUCAAAGCAGCGGUCAAUGUUAUCAAGAGUUUACCAAAAAAUGGAUCAUACCAGCCUAGCAAUGAUAUAAUGCUGAAGUUCUACAGCUUCUACAAACAAGCACUAGAGGGGCCAUGCAAAAAGAGUAAACCAGGAUUUUGGGAUAUAGUCAACAGAACGAAAUGGGAUGCGUGGAAAAGCUUAGGCGACAUGCCGUCAGAAGAAGCGAUGCAGUUGUACGUUAAUGAGUUACAUAAGAUAGUGGAAACGAUGUCGUAUAACAAAGAUGUCGCUUCCUUCCUCUUGGUUAGCGACACAGAAGACGGUUUUCCGAGCGCUGAUCUGCAACUUGUCGCCGGUGAUAUUAUCGAGAGGUGUCGUAACGAUUCUCUACAAAAUUCGCCCUUAUAUUCCCGCUCAGAUAGUGGCUCGUCGUCUCCCACUCAUCGCAUCCGACACGACUCGGACGACGAGUUCAUUGACACCGUAGAUGUAGCUGUUAACGAGACCGAUCCCGUCCACACACUGAACCGCCAUCGCCUAAGCAACGGUCACGCGCAUCAGAUAACUUCUCAGCUUACAUAUUUGAAGGUGCUAGAACAUUUGCCGGGCGUGCUGGCGAGACUAGAAGCGGACGUAGCAGCUCUCAGGAAAGCCGUGGAAGGUGACAGGAUGAUAUUGGACCAAGUUUCUCGCGGUUGGCGAUGGCCGUGGCAGGAGUUGAGUCCGCCCACGCUGAUCCUGAUCGCCGUGUGGCCCUUCAUCGCUUAUCGCAUCGCGUCCCGUCUGCAGCGCAGGAACACAUAACAUCAGGUACUACAAAUACUAGGUGCGUGUAACGUGGACCUUAUACGUUGGAUAUUCGAGAAAUUGUGAUUUUUACACAUAGUUAAUGAUUUUUAUAUAAAUUUAACUGUAUUUUUUGUACUAGCAACAUUAGUUUUUUUUUUUCAAAUUUUAUUAAAGCGAAAAUUGUAUGCGAUUUAUUAGGAAAAGACAAUGUUUAUUAUAUAUGGGAUAUUUUUUGUUUGGUGGGUAUUUGUCGUAUGAAAUAUAUUGGUAUUUUAUAUUUAUUUAUCUUUACAAAUUUAAAUGGUAAUAAAUGGCUCAGGAUGUUAUAGAGAACGCUAGAAAUUGAAUCUUUAAAAAUAACAAUUGUCAAUUGGAUGAUGAAAAAUUUUUUUUUACACUAUAUUUGCAUUUUAAGUACGUAAAGAAAACCGGACAAUUGGUUUUAUUUUUAAAAAAAUCUCACAAUAUACAAUUUAUGUAAAUAAUUUCGAAUUUGACUGAAAUAUUCUAUUCAAUAAACGUCAUAUUUAAAAUACAAUUACUAUGUCAAGGGAAAUAUAGAGUUUAUGGAACUACGAUAGUUUUUUUUUAAAUAUGUAAUUGGAUUUAUUUUAAAAUAAUCGAUUUUUACAACUAAUCUCCACAGACUACGUGUAUCUUUGGUUAAAUUUAUUGCUGAAUAAAUUUAUUUGUUGUGUGUAUUUUCUAAUAACUUUUUUUAAUAAAAAGUAACGUAAAGUACAUCAAUAUUACAUAACCUUUUGUAUACUCAUCAAUGACUUGUGAUUUAUAUUUACGGAGUCUAGAGGUAAGGAAGAUUGAUCCUUAUAUAUAAUAUAUGCUGAAAAUUAUUCCAAAAUUGCCAGAUGGCGCUACUGUACGAAGACGAUAAUUGGAAAUAAUUAUAGGGUCAUUGAUUAAGUUUUAUAAAUUUGAUUAACAUCAUUGAAAAUGAGCUUUGAAAGGCGAAUAUCUGUUUUUUUUAGCUUUCUCACUCUAAUUCCGUUUUUUUUCCGGAUAUUAGUUAUUUUAAAUUUUAUCGUCUAGCUCCAGCAGCGCCAUCUAAAUUCUAUACAUUUUGAAGGAAACUUUAUAGGUAGACUUACGGUGACACGCUUUUUCAUCACGUGUAUCCUUUCAAUGUUAUUAUAAUAGUCAAUGUCACAUAUUAAUCUUUAUUAUCUGAUGUUUAACGGUGUUCCGAGGUGAGUUUCGAGUUUGUACUAUCAGAAUACUUCUACUGUUUAGUAUACUAAUUGAAGACAUACGUGUAAGGUGUCAUGGGACAAAAUAUGAUUUUAGAUAAUUGUUUUAUGUUUUUUAGUUGGUUCUAAGCCGAAAUGGCCUAGUGGUUAGAACGCGAUGAUCGUGGGUUUAAACCCGGGCAAGCACCACUGAAUUUUCAUGUGCUUAAUUUGUGUUUAUACUUCAUUUCGAGCUUGACAGUGAAGGAAAACAUCGUGAGGAAACCUGCAUGUGUCUGAUUUCAUUGAAAUUCUGCCACACGUGUAUUCUACCACCUGCAUUGGAGCAGCGUAGUGGAAUAAGCUUCAAACUUUAUCAUCAAAAGGGAGAGGAGGCCUUAGCCCAGCAGUGGGACAUUAACAGGCUGUUACUGUAUGUUUUUUUUAGUUGAUUAAUAAUUCGUGUACAUACGCCAUUCGUCCAUUACGCGUAUAAUUCUUAGUCUUACAACGUGAGAGUUGAAGGUACCAUCACGUGUAUAGUGACUUAAAGUGUUCAUUAAGGUAACACAUUCGAAAAGUUUAAAAAUGCGACAAAAGCUUGAAGCUGCGCUAGCUUCAAAAGUGGUGAGUUUCGAGUUUGUUCUUCCGGAAUAGCUCUACAGUUGACGCAACGCAAUACAACGUUUCGUCUCACUCUAACACUUUGACUUAUGUCUUCAAUUAUGUAACUAAACUAUCGUAGGUCAGUUCUGAUGUGCGUUUGCGAUUACGUUUUUAAAUAUGUUUUAUUGUGAACAAAUUGAAUUUUAUUUUAUUGUUACCUGUUUUUUUUUUUUAAUUAUAAUUUAAUGUUUAACUUGUCAUAUUUUAUCUUAUAGAUGGGAAUGAAUAGUAAGCAGAUUCUAUAAUGUAACUUGUUUAAUAAAUAAAAAAUAUAUUUACAUUAAUGUUACGAAUAAAAUUUGUUUGAAAUUUAUAAAAAGAACUGUGAAAGUGACAACAAUUUGUGGUACAGAUUAAAAAGAUAUAUAUAUAUAUAUAUAUAUAUAUUUAUUCUAAAUGUAACAAAAAAUGAAUACCUUAAACGUUUUUUUUUAAAUUGUAGAUAUACGAAUAAUUUUAAUUCUUUAAAUGUUAUUUCUUAACUGUUAUCACUUAAUCUAUUCAAAUAAUGUUUUCCCAUAUUAACUAACACAUUUGUCGAUUCCCUAGUUUUAAUUCUUGUUAUAUUACUCAUCACAUGUGACCCUAGCUUUAAGUCCAUCACUACUCGCUCGUACGCCCCUUAUGUCUGGUUUACACAGUGCGAGCUAGCGUACGAUUCAGCUUAUGCAGUAGCUGUAGUGCAGUUAUUCGCAGUGGACGUAUCAACAACUGCGAGUUUUUGUUUUCACCUACUUGCCUUCUCCUACCACUCGCAUCGCUUUCGUCAGUCAUCGUAGUAGAUGCAGUCGAUAAGUCAGUCACGAGAUGAUUCCAGUACUACUCCAACGUAAACUCUCAAUGGAAACUGCUGAGUCAGGUCGAGCUAUUGACAUUACAAUGCAGGCAGCUAUCAACUGUCAAGUCAGUAGCUCGCACUGUGUCAACCAAGCAUCAGGUACAUGUCAAAUAAUUGACAUAUGAAAAAAAAAAUCGUAGAACCUCGAUGACAUAGAUAUUUGCUCUAUAGAUACUUGGCCGUGGACGUGGCCGCUUCUUGUAUUUUUUUUAAGUUGGGUUCCGUGUAGUAUAUAAUGUGAUAUAGGUGGUUAACCUAAGAUUUUUAUUUUUUAUUAAUGGCAUUUUGAAAUAUAAGGUUUCGGCUUGUCACACAAUCUUGGAUCUUAAGAUGAUAUUGUAAAGGCUUUAACGGUUCUAAGUGAAGGAAGUUUAUAUUGAAAAUCAUUAACAGUUUUUGUUAUUGUACAAAAUAAAUGGGGUUUUUGAA